AUGUACAGCCGGAUGACUUCUCUUCUGGAGGAGCACCAAGCCGCGCACAGAAAGUACGGGGCUGUGUCGGAUCUUUCGCCCUCUACUGUUCCAAAUAUGCUGGACGUCGUGUUCGGCUGUAAGGAUCCCUCGCGCUCGAUUGAUUUAUGGCACAUGCGCUACCUCGAGUUCUUUGGAUCCCGCGGGCGGUGGGAUGAUUGGCACUCGUGGGAGGUUGAUCCGCUGACGGGCUUAAAUGCUUCCACGACGCCUGAAACCAAGUCCGGGCCGUAUGCCUCGGGAUCUGAAGCAUCAGAAACCGAGAAUUCAGAGGCUUCGGCGCCAUCACCUGGGGUUCGACGAUGGAAGAAACGCGUGACAUAUUACAUUGAGGAAGCAAGGAAGCGUAGGAUUAUCCCAGAGUCAGGUUUAGAGUACGCCAGGUCCUCUAUCCUGUCUGGAUCUGACGCGGUGUUGAAGGUAAUCCUCAUCUCUGCCUUGCCGUAUCUGAAGGUCCUUAAGUACGUCAACGCCGAUUCCUCUUCUUCAUCGAAUAUUGUUUCGUUUUGCAAAGGUAUUGAGUGGGCUUUGGAUUUCGGUGUCUGGCCUCCUGGUCUACUCUCGCUCCGAAGACUCGCAGUCGGUAUCUCCCUCUCCAAUAGGGAAUCGUCGUUUGGCACCAGCGUGCUUGUCAGACUCCUGCAACUGCCAAACCUUGAUGAAAUCUAUCUUCGCGGCAUGAGAAUUGAUAGGGGGGAUCUUAACUUUGAUGAUUCUCUAAAUUCCGAGGAUGAGGACAAUCUCUUCUGGCAUCUUUCGGACCUUGACGAGUCUGAAAGGGCCCGUGAGAAAGCCCGCAUUCUGCGAACGCGCCUCUCACUGCCGGUCCAUUCUUCAUCCGUCAAACACAUCGUCCUUCACGAGCUGAUAGACUAUGACGCGACUGGGGACUUCAUGAUUGCCCUGCUCAAAACGCCCAAGAAUCUCGAGUCUAUCACUAUCUGCGGAUGUGAAGAGCCACUUGCGAAGACGGAUGAGAUGAUACGUGUUCUGUCUCAACAUCAAUCCGCGUCUCUUCAACGAUUACUCUUAUACUCGGAGCACGAAGAAAUUGAGACGUUCCCAACUGCUGUGUAUAUGCUCUCUGAUUUGAAAGGUUGCAACAACCUCAAAGUGUUGAACGUCAGAUGGAGUGAUAUCAGUAUUCAUGCGCGCUCGGCCAACUCCAUGGACAUUCUCAACACUGAAAAACUUGUUGCCCACUUUGUGAACGCAUUUCCUCCGAGCAUAUCUGUCUUGGUCGUUUACGAAGACUUUUUCUAUUGCGGCGAAUCCAUCGGGGACCAAAUUGAUGAUUGUCCGAGCUUGAACGAUGCCAUAGUGGCACUAAUCGAAUCAAAACGAUACCCAUACUUGGAGGCAAUCUAUCUCGCCAUUGACAGCGUCAAUGGCAACAUUUUUGAACCAGUACCUGAGGCUCAUUUCCAACGCACAAUAGAUGCUGGGAAGCAGCAUGGUAUCCAUGUCCAUGCGCCAACAGGCACCGAGUGGCCUGCUUCUCAUAAUAGCUAUUUUGUGACCAUGCCGAACAUCCAUGAGGUCAAAUCGACGCCGGGCUAUGACCCGAACUGGGUAUUUGACCACUUUACUGGCCGAAAUAAGUCUAACCAACCAUGUUACGGUUGUGGGUGGUGUGAUAAAUGUCGCGAGAAUUGA